GGAAGAUGAACGGGCUAAGCGAAUACUCAUCAUAUAAGGCUCGAUUCUGGAGGGAGGUGUCAGUUGGAAAGUGCGAGCUCUCGUACGAAGAACGAGAAACGGAACGUUUCGGUCUGUGAGCGAUCGACAUGAAACCGAAGCUGCGUUCUCUGCUCUUGUUCGCGCUUUUCUUUUCCGCGGAUACAUCGCUAGGAAAAGAGAAAUCGGAGGACACACCGUGUAUCGAUGACAGCAAGUUUUAUCGAAAUCCCAAUGCACCGGCGCAUGAUGUUUGGUCGCCGACCGAAUGUGCCAAGUAUUAUCUUUGCCUAGAUAACGAAGUGUUUGAAUUCAGAUGCUCUCAGGGGCUGCUGUUCGACGUUACUAAACAAGUGUGCGAUUUCAAGGCGAAUGUCGACAAUUGCGACGUGAUGUCAGAGUCGCAGCCACCGAGACCGCUUCUUCAGGACGCUGACUGCGAAGAGAAACAUUUGGCUUGCGGCGAUGGUACGUGCUUCCCGGCUACAUACUUCUGCGACGGGAGCGUCGAUUGUCCCGAUGCCUCUGACGAGGGCUGGUGUGAUACUCAAAACGAUCCAAAUGGCGCGCUACCUUGCAAUUCAAGAGAAUGUCACUUGCCUAAUUGUUGGUGCUCCAAGGACGGAACUCAAAUACCUGGCAACUUGACGACGUCGAUGGUCCCGCAGAUGAUAACAAUUACUUUUGAUGACGCCGUGAAUACGGAAAAUUUCCAGCUUUUCUCUAAAAUUUUUUCAAACGGUAGGAAAAAUCCUAAUGGAUGUCCUAUUAGAGGGACUUUCUAUGUCAGUCAUCAGUAUACUAAUUACAGAGACGUACAAUAUUUAUGGAAUAUUGGACACGAAAUUGCGGCGCAUUCCGUCACGCAUCGGGGACCGGAAGAGUGGUGGUCGAAAAAUGCUACUAUCGAGGAUUGGUUCGACGAAAUGGUUGGCGUAGCAAAUAUUAUUAACAAAUAUGCUGCGGUUCGUUUGAAAGACAUUAAAGGUUUGAGAGCUCCCUUUUUACGAAUCGGUUGGAAUCGACAAUUUUUAAUGAUGUCAGAGUUUGGAUUUAUCUAUGAUUCAUCUAUGAUAACUCCAUUUACCAAUCUACCUAUAUGGCCUUAUACACUUGACUAUAAAUCACCACACAGUUGCGUAGAUCCCGAACAGCUUUGUCCAACUCGUGCAUACCCAGGUCUCUGGGAGCUUCCAAUAAAUCAACUUUUGGCAGGUCAAUAUACUUGUGCAAGAGUGGAUUCGUGUCCUUCGGAUUUAUCCGGUGAAGAUAUAUACAAAAUAUUAAUGCUAAAUUUUAAAAGGCAUUACCUUAGCAAUCGUGCACCACUAGGCUUACACUUUCAUGCAUCUUGGUUUCAAAAUCUAUCGUAUUUCUACGCAUUUAGUAAAUUCAUGGACGACGUACUGCGAUUGAAUGAUGUCUACUUUGUAACGAGUUAUCAAGUAAUCGAAUGGAUGCGUAAACCAACACCCCUAAAUAUGAUCGAAACGUUUAGGCCUUGGCAAUGUAAUUCCCGUAAAUUCCAGCCAUUUGAACUUGCUUGCGAUUUACCGAGCAGUUGCAAAUUACCGAGUAGAGUACUUAAAUCGUAUCGUUAUUUACAUACAUGUUUCGAAUGUCCCAAAGAAUAUCCAUGGUUGAGAAACGAAUUUGGAAUGGAAUAGUAAGUUCGUACACAAAGCAAGA